AUGCCCUGUCCACCGCGCCCCCUGCCCUGCAGCCCGCUGCGCGCCCUGCCCGGCCGAGUUGCGCCGCCCAGCCCGAGCCGCCCUGCUGCCACUAUUGCUGCUGCUGCUGCUGCUACUGCUAGUGCUACUACUGCUGCUGGUGGAGGUGCUGCUAGGAGUGCUGCUGGUGCUGGGGGUGCUGGAGGUGCGAUUGGGAGUGCUGGAGGUGCUACUAGUGCUGUAGAGGCGGCAGCAGAGUCAGUAGGAGACCUUCUCCCCUCAGGUGCUUAG